AAUUGGACUUAAAUUUUCGACUCAUGGGUUAGCACAGCCGACAAGAUAUGCUAUCGAUUUCAGGUCAUGCCGUUGGAUGAAUAAUGGCUGCGGUUUUGGUAACCGCACCGGCGGCGGAUGUCUCCGCCGUGCAACUCCGCGACAGUCAUCGCCGUCUUCUCCAUGUGUUGACUCAAUCGCGUGGCGUUUCGAUGCCUCAUCUGAAGCAAAUCCAUGGCCAAAUCCUCCGCACUGGUUCGGCGAUUGAGGACUGUACGGAUACGUUCUAUCUGUAUAGUAGAUUAAUCCAUUUUUCGUCGUUGCAAGACGUGCGGUAUGCUGAGAAGAUCUUUAGCCAAAUCGCUAACCCUAAUACGUUUAUGUACAAUAUUUUGAUUAGAGGCUAUGCUCAUAGCAAGGAUCUGAAGAGCAGGGCUUUUCCACUUUUUCGAAAUCUCCUGGAAGAAGAGAAUUUGCUCCCUGAUAAGCAUACAUUCCCGUUUGUGCUGAAAGCUUGUGCUUAUUUAUUUUCUUUGAUUGAAGGGAAGCAAGCACACGCCCAAUUUCUGAAGCGUGGAUUUGGCCCCGAUGUGUACGUGAACAACAGUUUGAUUCAUUUCUACGCCUCGUGCGGGUGCUCUGAGAGUGCUCGGAAAGUGUUCGACAAAAUGCCUGACAGAAGCCUGGUGUCAUGGAAUGCGAUUAUUGAUGCCCUUGUGCAGCUUGGGGAGUUUGAUGAAGCUUUGAAAAGGUUUGUGGAGCUGAUGGAAUCAUCUUCCUUCCAUCCAGACGGGUACACACUGCAAAGUGUGAUCGAUGCUUCUACCGGGAUUGGGGCAUUGUCAAUGGGAAUUUGGGCACAUGCUUUCAUAUUGAAGCGUUGCAUAAUCGAUACUAAUUUUGAUGUUCUUGUGAGCAACUCAUUAAUCGAAAUGUAUUGCAAAUGCGGCGCGUUGAGAAUGGCGGCGCAGGUUUUCGAGGGAAUGAGUAGAAGGGAUGUGAAUUCUUGGAACGCCAUGAUUUUGGGGCUGGCCGGGUACGGAGAGGCAGAGAGGGUAUUCGAACAUUUUAAUCGAAUGAUCGAUGUGGAGAAACUAUUGCCUAAUUCUGUUACAUUUGUCGGCGUCUUGAGCGCUUGCAGUCAUCGUGGCUUGGUUAAUGAUGGCCGUCAAUAUUUUAAUUUAAUGGUGACCGAAUACAACAUUGAGCCAGUUUUGCAGCAUUACGGCUGCCUCAUUGAUCUUCUGGCGCGCAACGGGAGAAUCGACGAAGCUCUUGAUGUUGUAUCAGGAAUGCCCAUGAAGCCGGAUGCCGUCAUUUGGAGAUGUAUUCUGGACGCUAGUUGCAGGAACAGCGUCGGCACCUUGGACUCGAGCGAGGAAAUUGCGAGAAAGAUAAUAUCCGAAGAAGGCGCUAAUAACAGCGGAGUAUACGUCCUUCUUUCGAGAGUAUACGCGUCUGCUGAUAAGUGGGAUGACGUCGGGUUGGUUCGACGGCUGAUGACAGAGAAGGGCGUGGCCAAAGAGCCCGGCUGUAGUUCAGUCGAAAUCAACGGCGUUGUCCAUGAAUUUUUCGCAGGGGACACGACUCAUCCGUGGACAAACGAGAUUUAUCGGUUCUUGGAUGUAAUUGACGAGAAAUUGAAGGUGGAAGGGUAUGCUCCCGACUUCUCGCAGGCACCUUUCGUCGGAGAAGCUGAUGGUAAAGCGCAGUGUUUGCGACUUCACAGCGAGAGGCUCGCCAUUGCCUACGGUUUGUUGAACUCGAAACACGGAGAUACUAUUCGGGUAUUCAAGAAUCUGCGCGUCUGCAAAGAUUGCCACAGUUUUUCGAAGUUAGUCUCUAAAGUUUUCGAUGUGGAGAUCAUAAUGAGAGAUCGCCUCCGGUUCCAUCGUUUCAAGAAUGGGCAGUGUUCAUGUAUGGAUUUCUGGUAAAGAUCGAGUCUUUAUGUUAAGAAAAAUUCAUCUGUUCUUGCAAGAAUUAUUGCACCAAACAGAAGAUCAAAGCAGAGAUUUCCAAAACAAGAAACAUGAACAUAAACCAUACUUUAUUCAAUCACUUGUUCUUCAGUCAUCCUUAGCAGCUUUCAACUUCUUGAGAACUUCUAGGAGGGCUGGUGUUUGAAGCAUGACAUCCUUAACAGAGCUGCUGCAAUAAAGCCUAUCAGCCCAGGAUACAAGGUUAGGAGCCAUGGCUGCAUCAAGCACCUUAAUUCCGAUCAUCGUCUCCGUCACUCCAAUCCAUCCCAAGAAACUGCCAAGAGCUAUGUCCAGAUACCCAACCUCAUCUCCAUUGAAGAAAUCUCUGCCUUUGCUGCACAUUACAAAAGCCUCCUCCAGUAAGACCAGCCCUGAUUGGAUUUUCUCCAUUACUACCCUUUUCUCGUCAUCGUCUUUCGCCUCCUUCACCUCCCGAAACAACGGACUCCACUGCGACAACAUUUUUAGUUCUGAUCAAAGGUAACAACUAACUUGAUCAUAUGUUGUUAGAAUUCAAUUAGUGUACCUUAUCAUCUAUGUAAGCUGCCCAAAAGCGCGCCGCGGACCGGUCGUGUGGAUCGGAGGGGAGGAUGGAGGGGCCAUUAGGCCAAGAUUCGUCGAUGUAUUGAACAAUGAUGAGCGAUUCGCAUAUUGAACGAUCAGCGUGGAUUAGGACAGGGACUUUCUUGUGGAUGGGGUUGUGUUUGGCAAGAAGUUCAGUCUUUUGGUGAGGAUUCAUUUCGACGAGCUCGUACUUGAUGGAUUUGAGCUUCAGAGCCAUCGCGACGCGGUUGACAUACGGGCUCAGCCAUGAGCCUAAGACCUUCACAUCAGUGUCAGCCAUGGCUGAUGUUAGUGGAAGCAAGCAAUCAACCUACUCUAAAAUAGGAUUGUUUUCUAAGGAAAGACUUGAUCUUGUGGGAUAUAUAUAUAUAUGAAGAUAGUGAACUUUGGAAAUGUCGACGAAAUCUUGGCUUGAUUAUGUUAGCUGUAGGACUGGCCGGAAGCCAUUGAUUCCUCCAGCUUCUUAUUUCUUGGAAGUAUUCUAACUGCAGAUCUAAACAAGGCUACAUUUAACACACAACUGUCUUGUCUUGCAUUCGUAGUUAACUCGAAUCAUGUCACGACCUAUUUACGCGCUAAACUGGAUGGUUUUGCGCAAACAUUACGAAAUUUCAUCGCUUUUAUUACAGAUAGUAAUCUGGUUCUGGAAUUGGGAAGAUCACAACAGGU